UUCAGUCGUUCAAGCGUCGGUGGUACCCGAUAUUACUUAUCAUCAUAUCCUCAAGAGCAUGAAGAUAACCUUAGAUUUGAGUCUCGCUUUGAAUCAGGUAAUCUAGCCAAAGCUGUCAAAAUCACCGAGACUUACUACGAGUUGUCCCUCCGAACUGAUCUGUACACCAACCGGCAUAUGCAAUGGUUUUAUUUUCAAGUCUCUAAUACCAGGACCAAUAUUAUGUAUAGGUGAGUGUAUUUACCCAUAUGAUACUAGGGUGUUUCAUGAAAACCCCGAAUUGCGAUUAUUGGUGCUCCCUGCUGGGCUAAAAUCUCAUCUUAGAACAAUCAAAGAGCCCUGUGCAAAAUUUCAACCCCAAAAUCGAAUUGUUAGAGGCCCCGCAUCAGUCCUAAACAUUUAAAUUGGAAAUUCCACGAGGAUUUGCCAUAAAUUAUACAAUGGCGAUUUUCUCGGCGAGGUGUGACGACAGUCUUUCUAUGAAAUUUCAUAAAACUGAUGUUGAAUGUGUAAAGACCAUGGAAAUGUAUCAUCUUAAUGUAUUCAUUCUUUCAAACGGACAGGGAUAACAGUCGAACAUAAUCAAAGAUAUGACGGGUCAAGAGAGGUGGCAACGCUGCGUCCUCAUACGACUGCGGCCCUCGAGUGCCGCGCGCCUUGUCGCGGCGGGGCGCAGCAAAAUCCUUGAGACUCACAAUCAGUAAGCGCAGCGUUGCGGGUUGACAGUUUUGCGCGAAUGGCGUUCCUCGUUCUUUUUUGACGGGAAUCCUGCAAUUUGGGAUGAGUUAAUGGAAAGAAAUGAAGCAGUCUUUGAUGUUUUAAUUGAUGUGGUAAUUUGACGGUCGGUGCCGCCGUAUAAAACGUUAUUUGGCAGUACGGUAGGUACCGCCGAAUGAAUGACGUUAUCUGGCAAUACGCCACCGUAGAAUUAAUGACGUUAUCUGGCGGUACCGUAUCCUUAUUAGAAAAUUGUCUACGUACCGCUGAGGUACCUUUACUGGACCACUAACCGGGUAACUUCCUACCGCUAAUAAGGUGGCUUUACCAGAUGACUUUUUGACCGCUUACUGGAAAACGUCCUACCACUAUGGUGCUUUCACCGGAUGACCUUUUAACCGCUAACCGCAAAAUUUCCUAACGCUAAGCUGCCUCCAACAGAUGAGCGAGCAAACGCCAUCUACGGCGAUCUAAAUUGAUAUUAUAUUGCUGCGAUCUUUGGGACUAUAGAUUCGAUCAAAUCCUCGGAAAAUACAAAAGGCAACAUCGUAUUUGAGGCUAAGGGACCGCGAGCAAAUUUCAAAACCUACGUUCUAAGAAAAAAUUGUAAUGUAGAGGAAGACUAAAGCGUGCCGAGCGACAAUUAGGUUCAAAAAAGAUAAAUCGGUUAAAAAACCGAUUUUUCUUGGAAAUAGUUUCAAAAUUUUCCCGCAGUUCUUCAGCCUUAAUCACAAGGUUACCAUUUGCCUUCUUGAAAGAUCUAGGAAUUUUGUCUCAAAGCAGGUCGCAGCUACAUAUUACGCAUCGAUCUUUUUAGAUAGCGUUUGCUUGUUCAUCCGGUGGAGUCAUUUCAGCGGUAGGAAAUUUUCCAGAUAGCGGUUAAAAAGUCAUUCAAUAAAGGCACCGUAGCGGUACGAAGUUUUCCGGUUAGCGGUCAAAAUGUCAUCACAUCAAGUCACCUUACUCAGAACAUUUUCUAAUCAAGACACGGUACCGCCAAAUAACGGUCUCCUAUUUCAAAGUACCGCACCGUCAAAUAACGUUUUAUUCGACGGUACCGUACUGCCAAAUAACGGGAACCUUAUUUUAAUUUUACCUUUUUAGCAGUUGAUAAUGGUAUCGUACGACACCGAGACGUCCUACGUGCGUAAUUAUGUGUGUGUUUAGCCUUUAUCUCCAUUUUUUUCUGUUUUCAUUCUCCUGAUUUGUAAAAAAAUUGAAUUAUGUCACCCUAUAUAUUCGGAGAGGUAGGUGCCAGAGACACUUAAUCACUUUCCUACGUUGUAAUUUACACCUGACACAGCAUUUAUACAAUUAUAAACAGGUUUAUGUAUCGUGUUGCAUAAAUUUCAGGAGAUUCUCGUCAAAUAUUAAAGACUAUUACAA